UGUUGUUGCAGAUGGAGGAGGAUUCAGGGGCGGAAUUGACGUCGCCGACGACGCGGACUGAACUUAAGCGUCGGGACAGCAUCGGUGAACGAAUCGAGCAUAGCAUCGCUGAACACAUCAUCGAGGACACCGCAGUGGACCAAGACGUCGGUGCUGCACAUGAGGUCGAUGCACAAGAGGAUCUGAACACGAGGUUGCAAGCGAUCGAUGCACUCAAAGUGGACGUGGACGAAAAACUCAAACUUGCGGCCACGUCGAGCCAUAACGUCGUCAAGGUUCUGCUGGUGAUUUCUAGCUUGUACAAGCACGAAUUCAUCUCUCCAGAAGCUCGAAGCGUGCUGAAAGACCAAGCCAUUGCCGAAGUGCGCAAUGAGGAUGGCAUCUUGGCUGCCGCUGUCGAGCUGUUCAGCAUGGUAACUCUCAUAUUGCUUCCAACCUCACUGUGUGACCAUGCAAUAGGACGGGGACAUGAACGAAUGUGUCGACACAUUCGUGCAAGUGAGUGACAUGCUGCUGGCGAAGCCACUUGGGCAAUUCUAAACCAUACUAUUAAUAGUACAGUACUACCGGUAGUGUUAACGUAGAUUUCCAAUUUAAGA